AUGUCUCUUACCAUCCAAGUCCCGGCCGAAUAUGGCUACGUCUUCGGCGCCGCCACGACCAUCUUCUUCGUCAACGCCUACCACUCCAUAUUGACCGGCAGCUACCGCAAGGCCGCCAAGAUCCCGUACCCCAACUGCUACGCCAGCGCGGAGCUCGCCCAGAAGGACAACGCCGCCUUCCAGUUUAACUGCGCCCAAAGAGCCCAUGCCAACUUCAGUGAGAACCUGCCGACCUUCCUGGGCGCCCUCUUCAUCAGUGGCCUCCGGUUCCCCAUCCUGAGCGCCAGCGCCGGCGUCGCCUGGGCCAUUGCCCGUGUCCUGUACGCUCGCGGCUACGUCAAGAACGGUCCCAAGGGCCGUCACAUUGGUACCGCUCACUAUGUCAUCGAUGUGGCCUUGAAGCUGGCGUCUGCCUACACGGCCUUCACCUUCAUCCAGCCCUUGCUGUAA